AUGGUUGUGAUAUCCCGCCUUGCAAAUAAGACUGGACAUGGGUUCCACCAUCCUAGUCGUCGUGGACUUCAUACAUCGGUUCUACUCCCUGUGGUCAUUGUCCAGGAGCAUCCACAUGCCAACUGCAGGUUCUACGUGGAGGUCAUGAUAUCGGCCAACGUCUUGCAGCUGAAGCUUGACUUCCAGAGGAUGCUCCACCUUGAGGCUGAAAACCAGAACUGGUCGUUCAAAAACAAGAAACUGAAUGAUACAGACACGAUACAAAUGAUUGGUAUCAAGAAACAUGACAUCAUCGUGUGUCAGACAACAGAGGAACAGCUGGACUAA